AUUUUCCAUCUUGUUCUAAUGUUGUUUGAACAUAUCUAGAAUACAUGUUUAGUUGAAAAAUGGAUUAUUUUCAUUAUAUAUAUUGUAUUGUGGCGCUGUUGAUCCGUUUCCAAUUUUGUUUGGGUUAUUUAGAGUAUGAUAAUUGGGUUAAUAUUCAAUUAAGUCAUGCUGUUGAUGUGCAAAAUCAGAACAACUUCAUAUAUCGAGGAAAUGUUACUAUUGCGAGUUUGGACAAUGGUAUGGCUAAAACAUCUCAGGAAACUCUCACUGAUAAUCAGCGGGCUGGGCUUAGAUCUUUAGGUCAAGCAAAUGAACUAUAUAGGCUAAAGGCAGAUGUUAUUUAUGCCAAUGGAAAGCGAAAGGUAUUUUUCAGCGCUACCAGAGCAUGCAAUCUCAUGGAAGCUCAACUAAACGACGUCUUAUGGGUUUCGGUAGACAAUAGUGGAUAUGUGAAUGCUAUAACAAUUUUAACUUCGGGAUCGCAGAAGUGUUUUAAUGAAGAAAUAUCAACCUUUGGCUUGGAAGACUUCAACACGGAUGUGCUUAUCAGACAUACAGAAAUGGCGCCUUUCCCAGAUACGACAAGUUUCAUUCAGAAAGUGGAAAGGGAAAGAGAAGCGCGAGAGCGCGGAGAGUCUCGAGACAACCGUGGAUUUUUCGCAAAAUAUUGGAUGUAUAUUGUUCCUGUUGGUCUGCUGUUAUUUAUUUCCGGAGCUACGAACCAGGAUGCCUCAAAAUAAAUUCUUACAUUUUUUAUCAGAUAAUAUAAAUGUAAAAACAACCGUUGAGAAUCAAUUCAAUUUCAUUUAAUUAUAUUACAUAUUCAAAAGCUCAAAA